GCGGCUCCUUGACUUUGCAUUUCUCCCCCCGCACGCCCCCCCUCCUCUACUGUUGUCCUCUCCUCCCUCAGGGUCCUAGGGGCUGACUCAUUCCGCUCCAGCAGGGAGUGGGGAACAGCAGCUCCAGCAGCCAAAGAGAGCCAGGAGCCAGAGAGCCGCCCCCUGUCCCUCCCCCGCAAAGAUGGAGGAGCCCGAGGUGAGCAUUGUGGUGAAGCUGGAGGGUGACUCGGAGGAAGAGGAGGAGAAAGAAGAGGCUGGCAGCUAUGCCAAGUGCGGCCGGCGCUACAAGUGCCUGGCGUGCGGCAAGACCUUCCCCAGCGUGCCCCGGGUGCUCCGCCACGCCAAGUGCCACGCUGGGGGGGGCAGCGCCGCGGCCAAGCACGCCUGCCCCAGCUGCGCCAAGGAGUUCCCCGACCGCUCGCAGCUGCACAAGCACCAGCUGAGCCACUCGGCCGAGCGCCCCUUCCAGUGCCUGCAGUGCUCCAAGGCCUACAAGACGGCGCCGGAGCUGCGCAGCCACGGGCGCAGCCACACGGGCGAGAAGCCCUUCAUCUGCCAGGAGUGCGGCAAGGCCUUCAUGCAGCCGGUGUGCCUGCGCGUCCACAUGGCCCGGCACACCGGCGACCUGCCCUUCCGCUGCUCCCACUGCGCCAAGGGCUACGGCACGCUCUCCAAACUGAAGAUCCACCAGCGGGCCCACACGGGCGAGAAGCCCUACAUCUGCGGCGAGUGCGGCAAAGCCUUCGCCGACCCCUCAGUCUUCCGCAAGCACCGGCGCAUCCACGCCGGCCUGCGCCCCUACCAGUGCAGCGCCUGCCAGAAGACCUACGCCGAGCUGAAGGACCUGAAGAACCACGAGCGUAGCCACACCGGGGAGAAGCCCUUCCUCUGCUCCGACUGCGGCAAAGCCUUCUCCCGCUCCUCCUCCCUCACCUGCCACCAGCGCAUCCACGCGGAGCAGAAACCCUACUGCUGCAGCCAGUGCGGCAAAGGCUUCACCCAGCUCUCGUCCUACCAGAGCCACCAGCGCACCCACUCCGGGGAGAAGCCGUUCCUCUGCCCUCAGUGCGGCCGCAUGUUCUCGGAUCCCUCCAGCUUCCGGCGCCACCAGCGGGCCCACCAGGGCGUCAAGCCGUACCAGUGCGACAAGUGCAGCAAGGCUUUCCGCCAGCCAGCCGACCUGGCCAUGCACCAGCGGAUCCACACCGGCGAGCGCCCCUACAAGUGCCUGCAGUGCGACAAGACCUUCGUGGCCUCCUGGGAUCUCAAGCGGCACCAGCUGGUGCACUCGGGCGAGCGGCCGUUCCAGUGCGGGGAGUGCGGGAAGAGCUUCGCCGAGCGGGCCAGCCUCACCAAGCACUACCGGGUGCACUCGGGCGAGCGGCCCUUCAAGUGCGGCCGCUGCGGCAAGACCUUCGUGGUCUCUUCCAGCCUCCGCAAGCACGAGCGGACCCACGGCGAGCGGCGGGGCGGGGAGGAGGAGGAGGAGGAGGAAGAAGCAGGAGCUGCGGCCCGGCAUGUCUGCCGGCUCUGCGGGGCCGCCUUCGGCGAGGCUGCGGCGCUGCGGCGCCACCAGCGGGGGGAGCACCCGGAGGCGGCCCCCGGGGCACCCACCUGCGCCGAGUGCGGGGAGGCCUUCUCCUCGCCCUACGACCUGCGGAAGCACGAGCGGCUCCACCCCGGCCUGCGCCCCUUCCCCUGCCCCGAGUGCGGCAAGGGCUUCUCCGACCGCGCCGGCCUGCGCAAGCAUGAGCGUAUCCACUCCGGGGUGCGGCCCCACGCCUGCUCCCUCUGCGGCAAGGCCUUCCUCGGCGCCGCCGACCUCCGCAAGCACCUGCGCACCCAUGGCCCCGCCCCCGGCCCACCCCUCAACGAGGCCGCCCGCCCCCCCAACGGGCCCGGCGGCUGCCUGCCAGAAGGACUGAGCCAGUCCUCCUGAGCCCCUCCCCCCUUGGGGAGGGGCGUGGCUCUGUGUGCCGCUGGGCCCCUCCCCCCUCUGGGAGGCGUGGCUCUGUCCACCACUGCGGGCCCCUCUGGGGCGCGUGGCUCUUUGGUAACCCCCCUGCAGGUGGGCAUAGCCCUCUGAUCCCCCUUGGGCUCCUUGCCCUCCUCAGCCAGCAUGGGGGUGUGGUCUGUGCUCCCAGGUAUCCCCCCUCUGGAAGAUUAUCGCUAUAUGCCCCCCCCAGGACUCCGCCCCCUCCUAAAUCGCUAGAGGAUAUGGCUCUGAGCCCCUAAGCCCCUCUCUCUGGAACAUAGCUGUCUGCUCCCCUAGAGCCCCUCCUUCUUCUGGGCCCAUGAGGGCGUGGCUUUGUGCUGACAGGCUCCUCCCCUUCACUCUAAGGGCGUGGCUAUCUGACACUUCCUCCAGGCAGUGUGACUGUCUCAUCCCCCGGGCGUCACCCUCUCCUGAGCCCCCAUGGAGGGUUGCUUAUUGUUCCCCAAGGGAGGUGGGCCGCCUCCUUCUUUUGUCCCUACGCUCCCUUUAGGGAGGGGUAGAAGGCUGGGGAGAUUAUGAAAGGAGAAUAGCACGUGGUUAAAUGCCCCUCCCUCUCCAGGGGGUGUGGCUGUACUGGCCCCUCCCCCCAAGGGGCGUGACUCUGUUCCCAGGCCCCGCCCCAUCAGGCAUGGCUGACUGGUGAUACACUGUCCGCAUGGGUAUAAAUGUGGGGGGAGAGGGGGUGCACUGCCCUCUGCUGGAGAGAAUUGGAGCAAUCCGUGAGAGCAAUGGGUUGAUUCGCUGCUGGGCGUGGCGUGCGGGCGCAGGGGAGCUGGAAGGGUUUGUCGGGCCAAGAGGGUUGAACUGCGGUUCAGGGAAGCUCGUGGUAACCGCUGGCAAAAGCGUCUUUGUAAAUCGGCCUCCUGCCGAUGCUGUGAAAAGACAAUGAAAUAAACCCCUCUUUUUGUA